UUUCCAGGCCUUUUUACAAAAGGAAAAGGGAAACGACGAUUUCCUGCCCCAGUACUUAUUCCGGCCAAAAAGUGCAAGCCGCUGGAAGUGUCUUUUUACCUCCUUCCAAAACAUUGUGACAGGACACCCAGUGAACUUGAAAAAGUCACACAUAUGCAAGCAGGAUUGGGCCCCAGGACUGCUCAUCUAGAUGAGAGCAUCACCCAUGAGGAGCUAUGUGAUGCCCUCAAAGCUUUAUAUCCAAAGUUGCGCACACUGUCUGGUGGAUGGCUACUUUAUAAAUCCACAGGUGGAUGGGGUAGCCGUAAGCUCGCCCUUGUGUCACCCGAUGAUGCUGGGUAUACAGGCAGAUUGUUGAAAUCUGCUGCACAAGGGGGUAAAAAACUGUUCAUAGUCCCACUUCAGGAGGACCUUGAUACAAGUCCACUGGAACUAACUGAUGAAGCAUUCAAGGGCAUGGCAAAGGUCAUGUGCCAGAAGUGUGGAGUAGAUGUUCCUCUGCAGCUUCUUAAGGAUCACGUCAACUCAUGCUCAGUCAUUGAAAUUGAUGGUGAACAGCCUGUUGAGGAUACAAGUCAUCUUGUUGGGGAAAAAUCUGUGUCAUGUCCAGUUUGCUUAAAAAUGUUUCCUACUGACUGGAUACAGGAACAUGCAUCCACAUGUGGAGAAAGUCCAGUGACACCUGCAGUCACAUCUGCCACAGUGACAUCUGCCAAAGUGACCUAUGAGGAGGACCAUGCAGCCAUUGCUGGAACCUCCACAUCAUCUGCUACUGUUACUGGGGACUGGUUAUCUUUGAGUGAUCCAAGGGAGGCCAUAUCUCAAUAUGCAAAACAUUUUCUCCAAAACCAUGCAAUGGACAGCCCAUUAAUUCUCAGCAUGGAUAUUAGAAAAAGUCUUACAGAGCAGGACAUGGCCCUCAUCUCCUUUUAUAAGCAAAAAAAUGUGGAAUGGGCCUGUCCACUGAAAUGCAGACUUGAAGGUAAAACCUAA